AUGAAGGAUCUAAAUGUCACAACUUAUAUUGUGGUCUGCCCAAAGACCAUUAGAGCAUCGGACUGUGGGAUCCUUGGGGAUGGCAUCACCGUCAUCGCUGGUCCAACCUUCGCCGAGAUAAGGCAGGCCAAUAAUUUAAACAAUACCGCAUCUCUAUCUUGCCACGUUACUGGAACAACCUAUGCGUCCUGCCAUGCAAGGCAAACGAUCUCUGUGCAGGCCACAUUAGCACCAAAAGACCUGAACUGGAUGAAUAUACCAAUCAUUUCAACGACUGAAGAAGCUAUAUUUGCUCCUUCAUCUUUACCAAGUGUGAUAGCAACCAAAAUAACCACCGAUGCAUCAUCAAUUUCCCAAGCUACGGCUAUCCAGGAGCCAACCGAAAAUAAGGGAACAGCUAUAAGU